AUGUCUUCUGCCUGCGCCCUUCUGGAUGGUAGUGUUUGUGAGUUUAGAAGGUGCAGUCUAUGCAGCCUUGGUGAAUGCCUACUGUGCAUCUUAUAGCUGGUACACACAUUGAUGUUAUGUAGCAUCGGUGGUUCAGGGAAUGAAUUACCAGCUCCAUCUCACACCAGUCCUCAGCUGCUGACAGAGCUGAAAAAAAAUCAAAGUAUGAUCACCAUAUUCCUGCUCAGUGCAAUCUCUCUCUUAUUACUGCUGAAGUUCUGGAGACGCAGAAGGUUCCAGAAGCAGCAAAGCCAACGGGAAAUCCCUGGUCCAGCUGCACUACCAUUCCUGGGUAACCUGAAGGACCUGAGGCAGCAAUAUCUCCAUGUCCACCUCACCGAACUAGCAAAGAGAUUUGGGCCAAUCUACAGACUAAGGGCAUGGAGAGAGGAGAUCGUGGUCCUGAACAACACGGAACUGAUUAAGGAAGCGCUGCUGAAGAGGUCGUACGGGUUUGCUGGGCGGCCUGAGAACUUUACAGGAAAGGCCAUCUCAUUCGGUGGGAAGGACCUGUCCCUGGGAGGUUACACCAGAGUGUGGAAGCUCCAGAAAAAACUGGCUUACGGCGCCAUCCACCAGAGCCUGGCCUCCGACCUCGAGCCAGUGGUGGAACGGGAAGCUCAGAAACUGUGCAAGGUUUUCCAGAGCUAUGUGGGGUCACCAGUGGACAUCUCAAGGGAUUUCUCCAUUUCUACCUGUAAUGUCAUCUCCUCCCUGAUCUUUGGCACAGAGUACGAGAGGAAUGAUCCUGAGCUUUGUGUUAUACACGACUGUCUGGUGGAGCUGGUCAGACUCUGGAACUCCCCAUCAAUCACUCUCCUCGAUAUGUUUCCCAUCCUACAGCAUUUUCCCAACUCCAGUUGGAAGGCAUUCCUGAAGGAAGUGAAGAAACGAGACUCGUUUGUGACGCAGCAGAUUCAGAGCCAUAAGGUGACGUUUCAGAAGGGCAAGGUCCGGGAUAUCACUGAUGCCCUGAUGAAGCAUUUCUGGGACCAAGAUGAAGAUACAGCACAGCUGGAGGAGCUCACAGAGGAACACAUUCACAUGGUAAUCGUAGACCUGUUUGUGGGUGGGACAGAAACAACAUCCUCAACGCUGGGCUGGGCCAUCGCCUUCCUCGUUCACAGGCCCGAGAUUCAGGACAGGAUUAAGCAGGAGAUUUGUGAACUGAUUGGAGAAGAUUGUUACCCAGCCUACGCUGACAGGAAGAAGCUGCCGGUCCUGUCGGCCACCAUUGCUGAAGUCCUGAGGCUAAGACCUGUGGUGCCCAUCUCCAUAAUACACCGUACAACCUGCGACACCAGUGUGGCAGGUUACUUUAUUCCAAAGGAAACCAACGUCAUCACCAACCUCUUUGGAGCUCAUCAUGAUGAAAGCAGAUGGCCAGAGCCGACUCAUUUCAGGCCAGAGCGGUUUCUGGAGGCUGCUGACACUGAGAGAGCCAUGCAGAAUGUCCUAUCGUUCAGCCUGGGGGCGCGAACCUGCCUGGGGGAGUCUUUCGCUCGUGUGGAGCUCUUCAUCUUUCUGGCUUACCUGCUGAAGGAAUUCCAGUUCAUGCCCGAUGUGGAGGGAGAACCUAUCGAUCUGCAGGGCCAGCCGGGAACUGUACUGCGAGUCAAACCCCACCUUGUGUCCAUCAUCCGCAGGCCAGCUCCCCACCACGCCCAGCAGUGA